ACUAACUUCCUUCAAAAACUAAUUUUGUUUUUACUAGCUAUGCUUUCAUUAUACAUUAUAUACACAUAUGACCAAAUUUUAAUAUAAAAUUUCAGGUUCUAAUCUCUAGUAUGUUUCUUAUAAGGCAAAUUCCUAAACUCAGCUCUGAGCUUACCGAUGUCAUUAUGCCAAGUUAAAAAAUUGGUCCGAAUCCAUCGAUGAACCCAGCGCUGAGUUUAAGAUCAUUCUCGUUCUGCUCAUAGGAAGCUGAUUGUAAACCAUAACCUUCCUACUUACAUAUCAGUUUAGUUAUGAUUAUGUUCGAUCAGAGAUAGUUAUUCUUAUAUUACAUUUUAUUGAAUGUCAUGAUACCAAUUAGCAGAGUGACUAAAAUCUUAGUUACUAAAGGAAAUUGCCAUGUUGCUUACAGGAAUAUACAUAAUCAGCCAAUACGGAAUUACAUUCAGUCUGUACAGAGGUACAUAUUUUCAUCAUAUUACAAUUUUGUUAAAAAUUAUGAAACCAAGGUGGAACUUAAAUUUCCUGCUGCAUUCCAAAUCUAUCGAGUUGUGAAGAUAGGUUUGCAGGAUUUGUUCAUUGAUAUGAAAGAAUUUGUGCGAGUUCUAAGAAAAAUAAAUGCUCAUGACAAAAAUCUUGAAUGUUUGACCCGAAAAGAACUUGAACUCUAUAUUCGAAUGCCACAUGAUAUGAGACGUGUUGCUCCAGUUCUUCUUAUUUCUGCUCUACCUUUUGCCAACUAUAUUAUGUUUCCUUUGGCGUUUAUUUUUCCCAGACAACUUCUCUCAACACAUUUUUGGUCACUUCAACAAAGAAUACAGUUUGCUGUUAUUGAUCAGAAGCAUAAAUUAAAAUAUUAUAAGCCAGUAUUUCGUUCACUUCAGGCAAAACUCAAUCUAUUAAAGAAAGACCCCAUUUUUCCAUAUUGGUCCAAAUGUAUAGCACUUCUAGGAAGUGGUCUUCACCCUAAGCCUGAAACAAUAGCUAAAUGUAUACCUCUUUUUGGUUACAACGAAGUAUACCAUUUAAAAAAUAUAAAUUCAAGCCACGCAGUAAGAAAAAAUUCACUUUUUAUUGAAAAUGCAUAAUAUGUAUGGAUUCUGGAGAAAAAAACACAGACUCUCAGAAAGAGCUAAACUUAUCCAGUUAAUGGAUCUAGCAAUUAUUAAAGAAGGUGGGGUGUCUAAAAUGACGCAUGAUGAUAUUCGAAUGGCAUGCUUUUUUAGAGGAUUAAAUCCUACAAAUAUGAAUACUGAGGAAACAAUAUCGUGGCUAUCUCAGUGGGUUGAGCAAACAUCAAACACACCAAAAGAUUGCUUUUCAUUUGUCCUUCAUUUGCCAAUUUUAAUGUCUUAUAAUCAUCCAUCAAAUUGGGUCUUAACUCAUUAAAUUUUGUAAAAAUUCAAACACUGUGAUCUAGUCAAGUGAUACUAUGUAUUUAUAUAAAUUUGUACAUAAGAAAAUAAAUUUUUGUAAAAAUUGCUUAUUA